CAGUACUGCUAGCACUGCGUAACUAUGUGGUCGCCCCCAUCACGGAAGAAGUAGCAUUUAGGGCAUGCAUCCUCGCCGUGUACGGCAUGGCGGGCUCUUCCAGGAACAGGAUGAUCUUUCUGAGUCCGCUCUGGUUCGGGAUUGCUCAUGUACAUCAUGGCUGGGAAGUGUACACGCGCAUCGGACGUACAAGCUUCGCGGCGCAACAAGCAGCGUUCUCAGUCGUCUUUCAGACCGCUUAUACUACGCUGUUCGGCUUUCACUGUGCGUUUCUCUUCCUACGCACGGGAUCGCUUCUGCCGCCCAUAGCGUCUCAUGUCUUCUGUAACAUCAUGGGUCUGCCUGACUUAGGCGAUGCCGUGGCACGUUUCCCUCAUAGAAAACUUCUAAUCAUUACUUCCCACCUGCUGGGUGUCGCUGGCUACAUCUACACUCUAAAGGCGUGGACAUGCGGCAUUGGCAGCCUAUAUUGGCCUGCCUAGUAGACCUUCACUAGCUUUACUACUUCUCUACGUCGCG